AUGACAGUUGUCGAGGACAUUAGCUGGUCCCCAUUACUGAAGCACAACACUCUCACGGCGCAACAUGGUAAUGACGGCAACCGAAUUGCCACGGCAACCGAGACUUUGAAGCAAACAGCUCACCAAUUCGUCCAGGUGCUGAAUGAACGUGCCACGCUGUUAGCCAACUGUGCUCAGUUUGAUACGGCGCUACAUGAUGCAGCAGCCAUACAAGCCAUAUUACCGGGAUCAGGGCUUGGAUAUUUGUGUAUGGGAGACGUGUAUUGUCAACAAGGACAUCAUGCAGCAGCGAUUUCCAUAUAUGAUCAAGGACUUCAAGCAGUAACAGAAUCCGAUGCCUAUUAUCAGCAGCUUCAGCAACAUCGAAUGACAGCAAUAGCCAACAACAACAAACGCGUCGAUUUCAUCAGCCAGCUACCAUUGGAUAUCGUCAUCAUCAAUAUUUUACCAAGGGUGUAUCGAUCCAUGUUUGGUCCCUUGCGCGAGAUUCUUUACGUAUCACGUUCAUGGCAGGAGCGUAUCUUGAAGCAAACAAUGGGCUUAAAGUUCUCCUUUGGCGAUGAAACCAACACAUUCAAAAAGGGUCAUGCACAGCUUAUUCGAUUUGCACCCUAUGUCCAAACCUUGAGUGGUUCCCUGUCGAAUGUUGUUUGUUUGGAUGACCUGUUUUCUCGAGCCCACUUUUCCAACCUGAAAGAACUCAGCUUAUUCUGUACUCCGCCCAUGCCUCUUCUUCCAUUGAUCCAUGGCCUGCAAUUGAUUGCUGAUUCUCUGACACACUUACUCAUCUAUGAUUGCCCAUUUCUUCAACUAUGUGACAUCCUGGAGACGUGUCCCAACCUUGUAUCUCUGAGAACGAUGAAUGUGGAUGCAAUUAUGCCUUUGUUGUCUUCAUCAAGCUAUCCAAAGAUGACUCAUCUUACACUUCACGGGCAGUCAGAACGAGCUCGCACGCAUGAAAAUAUCGUCAAUGUCCUAAGAACAUUACCUUCCUUGCGGGUGCUUGAAAUUUUCCCAAUCCCCGAUUCCAGUCUUUUGCCUCUUCUACACAAGCAUUGUCCCUAUCUACAAGUCAUACUUUACGGGUUCUUGAGACGCUUUUCCCUUGACCUUCCAGAAAAAGUCCAAGCAAAUCGAAAAGGGAUUGCAUCAGCUUAUCUACACGGCCGCGAUUUUUAUAAGCAAGAUGACCUGGUUCAGUUUUUACACGUGCAGAGAGAUUCGUUGGAAACGCUCAAAUUUCGUGGGGAUAUUGAGAUCGAUGAUGAUGAUGCUUUUUGGACGAUAUCAAAUGGACAUGUUCAAUCGAGUAAUCAGCAUCCUGAAAACAACCCAUCAUUUCCUCGAUUGGUCGACCUUGGCUUUACAAAUAUCCAUCCAUCUACUACAGGAGUCCCUAUGGUGCUGUGGAUCCUAUUGAAUGCACCCAAUCUCACCACCAUCCAUAUCCAUGAUAUCUAUUUUCGACCUGCCAUUGUCAACGCUAUGAUCAAGUUGAGGCAUCUACAAAAGAUACAAAUCGACGUGGUAUCCAAAGAGGACGACAAUGGUAUUCGCACAUUCUUGAAGCAUCAUAUUGCGCUGGGAGAUCACUCAACGCUCGAACAUGUGGUUGUGGACUCGAAUCCUGUCGAGAUGUCUAAAAAGCCCUGGAUAGCUUUACUUUCAAGAUUGACGCGUCUCAAGAACCUCGAGUUACUUGCUGGUGUCAUUUCCGACAAUUGCAUCCCCAUCAUGGCAGCGAUAGGUCAAGGAUGUCCCACUCUCGAAAAGUUGACUCUUGGCAUGUAUGGUGCAGAGUUAGCGGAUGGUCUCUUGAUGCCUUUGCGUAAACAUUCGAAUCUCGAAUACCUCAAGAUUGGAGCAGAUGAAUCUUUAUCCGAUAACGACCUUUUGGCUUUGUGUACAUUCCUUGGCCUAAAACAGCUUCAACUUCGAUUCAUUGUGUCAGAUGAUUUGCUUGAGAUGUUAGAAGAUCGUAUCCCCCAUGUCGAGAUUGGCCUUUUAUGA